GCGCGCUCCGCCCGGCCCAUAAGCGCCCUGGGCAGCCCGGCUGCAGGCUCCUUGCACCGGCUGCUCCGGGGCCCCUCGCCAUGGCUGCCGCGGAGCUGGACGCGCAGAUGGUGGCAAGCCAGAAAGCUGUGGUGAUCCAGAGCGCGGUGAGGGGCUGGCUGGCUCGCACCAAGUACCUUCGGGUGCGCAGGGCGGUGGUCUAUCUGCAGUGCUGCUACCGGCGCAUGCGGGCUCGCAGGGAGCUGAGGCAGCUCCGGAUCGAGGCCAAGUCGGUGGAGCACUACAAACAGCUCAACAAAGGCAUGGAGAUCAAAGUGAUGCAGCUGCAGUGCAAAGUGGAUGAGCAGGCCAGGGAGAACCGGAGUCAUUCGGAGCAGCUGUCUGCACUGAGAGCCUCCCCCAGCGAGGAGGUGGAGCGGCUGCGGGAGGACAAGGCGCAGGAGAAGCGCAUCCGGGAGCUGCAGGAGCAGCUGCAGCGCGUGGAGUCGGAGAAGAGCUGCUCGGAAGGCCAGCUGGGCCAGGAGAUGGAGGAGCUGAAACAGCGCCUGACUGAGCUGGAAGCCAUGACAUCCAAUCUGAAGGAAGAGAAGGACGCUCUCAACCAGCGGAUCAUGGAGCAGUCGCAGGAGCUGGAAGACCAGCUGCGCUGGCGCGUGGCGGCGGAGAGCCAGGAGCUGCUGUGCCAGCUGGAGGGGGAGAGGGCUCGCUACCAGAACCUGGUGAAGGAGUGCGCCCGCCUGGAGCAGUGCUGCGAGAACCUGCAGGAUGAGGUGGCCUUCCAGAAGCAAACCCCCAGCCUCCAGAGGUCCCCUUCAUCUGACAGCAUCCUGGACUCCGAAUGCAGCUACCCAUCGUCUCUGUGGACGGCCCCGUCCCGGGAUGAUGCCGACCCGCAGAGCGAGCAGAACAUUGCGGAGAUCCUGGGGUUGAACAGGAGCCCGGAGAAGAUGGUGGAGGAAGACUCCGUGGUAGAGGAAGACUUCAAAUAUGCGUAUGAUGCUGCCCGGGUCUCCAAUAAGCUACUCGAGAGCCAGCUGCAGGAGCAGCAGCAGGAGCUGGAAGGUCUCCGCCUGGACAACUGCUCCCUGAAGCAGCUGAGCAAGCAGCAGCAGAGCCUGAUCCAGGACCUGCAACUGCAGCAGGAGGAGGGCAGGCUCCAGCACCAGCUCGUCCAGCUGAAGAGAGAGAACCUGGAUCUGAAGGGUCAGCUGGAGAGGCAGGAGAAGAACAUGCUCAAGCUUCAGAAGCAGCUGCAAACCAACAUGAAGCAAAUCCAGGAUCUCACAGCAAGCGGAGAGGCCCGGUUGCUGGAGCAGACGGUGGAAGAGAUGGAAAGGCCCUUCGAUGUCCCGUGCCCAGCGGGGGCAUUCGGGGGCAUGCUGGGGUGCAAAGCAGAGGAUGAAGGGCGCCUCAUCAGGACCAUCAUCACAGAUUUCAAACCGCAGCACAGCCCCGGCGCCCUCCCCACACUGCCGGCCUACGUCCUGUUCAUGUGCUUCCGGUACGCGGACUCCGGCCACGACGAGCACCGGAUCAGCUCGCUCUUCGCUGCCGCCGUCAGCGGCAUCAAGCGGGUGGUGAAGAAGCACAGCGAGGACUUCGGUGUGGUGGCGCUCUGGCUCGCCAACACCUGCUGCCUCAUCAACUGCCUGAGACAGUACGGCGGGGACCAGAGCUACCGGCUGGCCAACACCCCCAAGCAGAACCAGCACUGCCUGGGGAACUUGGACCUUGCCAGCCACUGCCAGAGCCUGGGUGACCUGGCCAUCCAGCUCUACCAGCAGCUGAUCUGCAUGGCACAAAAAAAACUGAAGCCCAUGAUUGUCACCGCCAUGCUGGAGGGCGAGACCAUCCUGGGCUUGUCGUGGGCCAGAUCCACCAGUUACCGCAAGCAGCCGGCGGCUCCCGCCUACACGCUGGACUCGCUCCUCCAGCAGCUCAGCUCCUUCCACGAGGCGCUGGGGAGGCACCAGCUGGAGCCCAUGGUCGUGGGCCAGGCCUUCCGGCAGCUCCUCUUCACCAUCAGCAGCGUGGCCCUCAACUACCUGCUCCUCAGUAGCGCCGCCUGUUCCUGGAGGCAGGGCGUCCAGCUCAGCUGCAAUGUGAGUCAGCUGGAGGAGUGGCUGCGGGCCAAGGGCCUCCAGCAGAGCGGCGCCAGGGAGGUCCUGCAGCCCCUCAGCCAGGCAGCCCAGCUGCUGCAGGUGAAGAAGACGACGCAGGAAGAUGCUGAGGCCAUCUGCUGCCUGUGCACGGCGCUGACCACUCCGCAGAUCAUGAAGAUCCUGCGGGCCUACACGCCCGCCGCCAGGCUGGAGGAGCACGUCAGCCCCAGCUUCAUAAGCAGCGUAGAGAACCGGCUGGCAGAGCGAGCUCCAGCUGGCCCCUGCCAGCUGCUGGUGGACACGGCUCACCUGUUCCCCAUGCACCUGCCCUUCUCCUGCUCUCCCGUGCAGCUGGAUGAGCUCUGCAUCCCUGACAGCAUUAACCUGUCCUUCCUGACCCGGGUCUGAGCGUCGCCGCAGCGAUGCUCCUGGGGAAGAUGCGGUCUCACAACCGUAUGCAGGGUACUGGCUGCCGUGCCCUAGACAUACCCUUUUUCCUUGGAAAGGAGCCAGCGGCUCAGGCUGAAAUUUCAGGGUGCUGGCAUGAGGCUACAGCUCCAGAAACGGCCCCUUCUAAAAUUCAAAACUCGGGCAGGAAUUUCCUCUCGGAAACGUCCGCUUGCCCAGCUCUGCCACAUGCCCGGCACGUUCCUCCCUGCUCGGAGCCCGAGGGCUUUUUGCAACGGGCCCUCGGGGAAUGCUGUGCAGGGGGGGUAAAGGUGCUUCCCUCACACGCCCGGGUCUGCACGCCAUAGCCGAGCGGGGCAAUGCGGGGCGCCCGUGCUGUGGGCUGUGCGAUCGCUGACUGACCCACUUCCUCUGGAACUGCAGUGCUCCCUGGCGGUGUGUGGGGGGUGGGUUUACGGCACAUGGGGCAGCAUCUGAGCACUUGGGAGCAGGUUUAAAAGCAUGUCCUGAGUGUGGCUGGCUGGGCAGGGAGUCCCCACUGCUGCUGAGUGAGGAAGCAGCUGCCAGGUGGAGCCAGGUUAGGGGGCUUGUCCUCCUUGCUGCAGGCGGCUGCUCUUGACCCAGUACCCACUGGGCAUCCAUGGGUGUCUCUGGGGGGUGCUGUUCCUGCCCCCUCAGCUGCUAGGGCCUGGGGGAGAGAAGCCAGGCCUGGGGGCUGCCUGCCCAGCAGCUGGGGCUGGGAGAGGAGCUCUCUUCAUGUGGCCUGUGUUCAGUGAAACGCCUCUUAAAAAUUGUGUGACGUGAAUAAAAGUCUCUCUCUUUA